AUGAUCAAACUUCAACACACUCAUGAACUUUCACCAAGACAAUGUUCUUCAUUUUUAGUCCAAGUCAUUGAUGCACCACUUCCUUUAGUAUGGUCUUUAGUGAGAAAAUUUGACAAGCCACAAUGUUACAAGAAUUUCAUUAGUAGCUGCACACUAAUCUCUGGUGAAGGUGGUGUUGGUAGUAUAAGAGAAGUGAACUUAGUUUCUGGAUUUCCUGGUAAAAAAAGCAUAGAAAGAUUGGAUAUUCUUGAUGAUGAUAUGCAUGUAAGUGUGUUUAGUAUUCUUGAUGCUGAUCAUAGCUUCUUGAAUUUCAAAUCUACUAUCACUUUGCAUGAGGAUAAACAAGAAGAUCAUCAAGAAAAAGAAGAUCAUAUAAUUGGUAAUUACUAUAAGACAGUGGCUAUUCAGUCAUAUGUUGUGGAUAUUCCAGAAAUUAGUUGUAGAGAUGAUACAUGUGAGGUGACUGAUAAUAUUUUGAGAUGGAACCUUAGAUCUUUGGCUUGGGUUGCUGAAAAUAUGGAUACUACUGAUGAUCAAGUUUCUUCCUUGGAUUUGAACAAAAAAGAAAUUGCUUGUUAG